GAACAUAUGACAAUUUUUCCUGAAAAUUCGACCGUUAGUCAAGUUGGAAGUGAGGUAGAGGCAUUCACACAGAGAACAAAGGAACUAGCAAAGAUCGUAGCUGAACUAGAAAGAACUCUGGAGUAUCAAAAGCGUCUCAACAAAGGUGAAAAAAUACCAAAAAGGCUUGAGUCUAAACUAAAUAUGGAAAUUCUGAAACCAGUCAGAAGGAAAGAUUGUCCAAAAAGAAUUCUUUUCAUUAUUACUAAUGAUAUGUUUGCAAGAUCUCCACAACUAAAAGCUUCCGCCAGAAUGCAAACUGAAAUUACCCGACUUUUUGAGCGCGAUUGGAAAGGAGAAGGUGAUAUUGUUAGAAGAAUCAGAAAUGGCACUCGAGCACAAAUCUUGAAUGAAUUCGAAAAACUACGACAAAGAUUGGACUUUGACAGCCAUAAAAUGUUCAUCUGCAUAAUUCUCAGUUACGGAAACGUGGAGGGGUUCAGGACAAUGGAUGAGGAAAUGAUCGAGUAUCAAGAGAUCUUCUCUAUGUUCAAUGGAUCUAAUUGGUUGCAUUUCAGUGAAAAACCAAAAUUUUUCUUUAUUGAUGUUCAACCAAUGAAAAUGGAAAGAACAGGUGAUUAUCCUCAAGACCUUCGUGUGAAGGAACUUUCAGAGGACGAAGUUGAGAUCCGGUGGAAGCCACCGAAAAUGUUUCAGAGCAGCCAGCUUAAUUACUUAGUACACUGCUAUAGGUUAAAUGAUCAAAAGGUUCAUACUAAAACCCAUGAACUCAUUGCGAAGAAAACCAGUUGUGUUCUCGAUGAAAUGCAAAAGGACGUGACUUAUAAAAUAAGUGUAUGGUCCAUUCAGGCAACAACCCAGAAAAAGAGAGGGCUUCCAAGUCAAACCAAAUAUACUUUGAGAGAAAAGGUUUUAGCUCCAGUAUCUGGAAGGUUAACAGCGAAAUCAACAACAUACGACACAAUAACAAUUUAUUGGCCUUUACCGUUGGAGAAUAGAAAACCGCCGUAUUUCGCGAAAUACAAAGAAAAAACAGCUGAUAGUUUUAAAAGAACACUUUUACCUCCCAAUGAGACUGAGGUGAAUCAGGGCCACGUUUUGAACUUUUUAAAGAGUAACACUGAAUAUAUUAUACGACUUUUUGCUGGAAACUCUAGAAUUCUCAACGAAGUGAAAAUUAAGACACUGGCAAAACAUCAACCCAAGGACCUUAAAGCAAAACACAUAACACCUUUUGAGAUUGAGUUAACAUGGGCAACCCCAAGCGUAUAUCUUCGCGGAAGCUACAGGUACCACGUGUUUUAUCAGAUGAAAAACUCAACAGAGAAUAGUGUUGUUACGCUCGUUGAACAACACACGUUGACUGACUUGAUACCAGAUGUUGUUUACACUAUAUGGGUAACAGCUGAAAAGGACAAAUUUAUGGGAGAUCCGUCGGACUCAAUAGAGUGCCACACACCAAGAUGUGGUCCCCAGAAUUUACAAGUAGAUGCCCACGAACGGAGUAUACGUGUGUAUUGGGACGAGGCUGUUGUUCCAGCCGAGACAGAAAGCUUAAGUUAUAGAGCUCGUCUUCAAAAUGAUAAUAUCCGUCCAAUAGUUGGAGAGGUGCUUCCUACGCCCGAUGCCAAGUACAACUACGCCUGUUAUUUUCGGGAUCUAUGGACGGACACGCAAUACACUCUAGUCAUAACCACAGUGAUUGACGAGGGAGACUGGGACCCACCCACCGAAGUACCAAUCAAAACGAGGCGAGAUGGGAUUGUUGAUGGGUUCGUUCAACCAACCACAAUCAAAGCUUUUCUACGAGCAAAGGAAAUAAAAUUAACAUGGCAACCCCCUCUUCAUACCAAACGAGGAAAAAUGAUGUAUCGCAUAGAAUGGCGUGAAAAACUUAAACCAGCAGCCGAAACAAAGAAAGCUGAAACAAAGGUUCACAUCUUCACCAUUAAAAAACUCAAACCGAACACGGAAUACGAUGUCCGGGUUCUAGCAUUCGUGCCCGGAACUUUACCUCCAGAACCCGGAGAGGAAAAAGUAUCGGAAGCAGUUUUACCUGAUAUAGAUGAACAUGGACCCCAUCUUCCAAAAAUUCCAGAAGGGUCUAUCAUAGCACAGGCAGGAACCGAAUACGCUUUGAUGACUUCCAAAAUAAAGGAGGCAGAAACUAUUAUUGAGAUGAAUCCUCCAUUGGAAGAACUAGAUGAACAAGCUCUUAUGGAAGAUCAGAAUGCAGAACCAGAUACCACACCACCUAUUUUGACGCCAAAAAGAAGGGAACCAAAAAAGGUUGUUUUUAUCAUUAUAAAUGAUUUGUUCAAGAAAAGCAAGCCACUACCUGUCCUGAAGAAGACUUUUGCUAACUUAAUGCGACUUUUUGAAAGAGACAUGAUUGUUAAAGACGAUCUUAUACUAAAAAUUCACAAUGGUGGCAAAAACUUCAUACUUAACGAGCUUCAUAAGAUCACUUCAAGGAAGGACUUUUUCAGUUAUAGCAUGUUUAUGUGCUUUAUUGCAACGCACGGGAAUCAAGAGGGGUUCAAUACGAGUGACGAAAGCACAAUUUCUUACCACGAACUCUUUAGAUUAGUUUCUCAAAAGGAAUGGAAAGAUUUCACGGAUAAACCCAAAAUUUUCUUCAUUGACACUUGUCGAACGAAAAUGGAUAAAAGAGGUUUAUAUCCUAAAGACCUUCAGAUCGAGGAACUGCCUUCUCAUGAAUUAGCAGUGUCUUGGAGCCCCCCUGAGUUAUUCGAUCAUUACGAGCUGAACUAUAUAGUCAAUGUUUAUGAAAUAGAUCAGAACAAAAUCUGUGUGAAAAGGCGUGAGCUGCUAUCUUUAACACCAAGCUGUCUUUUACGGGACCUCAAUUCGAAAACUAUCUACAAAAUUAGUGUCUGGCCAGUGUUAGCCAAAACACAGAAAAAGAAAGGAUGGCCAAAUCACACCAAAUACAUGAUUCAGGACAUUGCGGAAAGGAACCAGAUCCAAAUGGUUGCUUCUUCGACAAGUUCUAUAACCAUAUCAUGGUGGCUGAAUGAGGAAGUGGCCGAUGAAAGCUUUACAGCUAAAUGCAGGAAGAAGGGCGGAGGGGACGAAAUAUCAGAGGAGCUAGAAAUCGUGUCGGGUAAACAACAAACCCAUAUGAUAGGUUACCUCGACAGCAACACAACCUAUUUGGUCGGAAUCUACAUCGGUUCUAAUGUUUAUCUUCCGGAGGUCGAACUCAAAACAAAAGCUAAACUUCAACCAGAAAAUUUGAAGGUAGUGGAUGUACAGUCUUUUGAAAUAACCGUGUCGUGGGAUCCACCUUCGCAAGAUUACUAUGGCAUAUCACACUAUUUAGUAGAGUUUCGCUCGAAAUACCUCAUCGACUUUGUGCAAGUUUCCUCAGUACCUACUUUAAAACACUACAAAUACAUACUUACUGGCAUGGAACCGGAUGUGAUAUACAAAAUAAGAGUGUUUGCAGAGAAAAACAAAGGAAAGGGGGAUCCAACAAAUUUCGUUAAAUGCAGAACUCCAAAAGUCGGCCCAACAGACCUUGAAAUAAAAUCGGAAACUACGUCAAUAACGAUAUUUUGGAACGACGCCACACUUCCGGACGAGGACGCCAAAAUUGCAUACAAACUUUCAUUACGUUACGAAGGAAUCCAUAUAGCAAAUGGUGCUGUCGUCAAGUCCAAAGAAGAGGAUCCGGAACACAAAUACAGCUGUUACUUUUCUAACCUGUGGACCGGAACUACGUUUAAGUUAACAAUUCUGACGAUUAGCAAUGAUCAAAUUUGGGAUCCACCAAUAGAAAUGGAAGUUAAGACAAAGAAAGAUAUGAACAGAUCCGGUUUGGAGCCGAGAGACAACAACUUCGUCGUCGCCUAUAACGACUCCGUGACAACCACAGGCAAAGGAACGAAUGGAUGGUUCAUGUCCUCCAUUAUCAAGAACCUUCGAAACAAAUAUUCACAACAUGAUUUGGAAGAUAUUCUGGGAUUUGUUCUGGAAGAUGUUCCAAAAAGACAACAGAAAAAAGAACGAAGUCCAAUUACCAUUUCAACACUUAAUUCGAAAGUUUCCAUAUAAAAAACAACACAAAUCUGUAUAUCAGUAUUGAUCUUAAAAUCUAAAGUAUGUAUGGUGGGAAUACAGUGAUAAAAAAAGAUAAAAACUUUUAUGAAGUUUUAUUCUCGGUGAAAUAGAUUCAGUAUGUAGUGGAUCGAUAAAAUAACAUACAUCUGGUGCUGUACUGGCUUUUUGUCAUAUAGAAUAACGUAUUUGUUUCUGGUCACACUUUUUUCUAAUACUUUCUAUUAUCUAUACCGUAAUGAUGUUUUAGUAAAUAUAAAUGUAUUAAUUGCAGUAAUACUCGUUACAUAUUAUUUGUUUGAAUGUGUUUUUAUGUAGCAGAAUUUUCUAUGCAUGUUAGUUAAAUAAAAAUACUUGAAAAUGUUCUUAUAUUGUAAAGAAACAAUGUUUAUCUAAAUUUAAAUUGAAGUUUUUUACCCCUGCUUAUCUAAAAGGACUUUGUGCGGUAUUAUGCAUUUUUUGCCCCAAAAUUAACGUUUUUUUAGCUCACCUGAGCUGAAAGCCCAAGUGAGCUUUUCUGAUCACAGUUUGUCCGGCGUCCGUCUGUCUGUAAACCUUGAACUUUUUCGACUUAUUCUCCUCCACCACUUGGCGAGUUUCAACCAAACUUGGCACAAAUCAUCAUUUGGUAAGGGGGAUUCAAGAUUCUUAAAAUAAAGGGACAGGCCCUAUUUAAAGGGGAAAUAAUUAGGAUUUAUUGAAAAUUUGGUGAUAUUUUUCAAAAAUAUUGUUCUCAAAAACCAUUUGGCCAGAAAAGCUGAAACUUUGUGUGGAAGCCUCUUCAGAUAGUGUAAUUUCAAGUUUGUACAAAUCAUGGUCCCCGGGGUUAAGGUGGGGCCACAAUAGGGGGGGUCAAAGCUUUACAUAGGAGUAUUUAGUGAUAAAAUUAAAAAAUUUACUCCUCAAAAACCAAUAAGACAGAAAAGCUGAAACUUGUGUGGAUGCAUCCUUAGAUAAUGUAAAAUCAAUUUGUUCAAAUCAUAGUCCCCGGGGGUAAGGUGGGGCCACAAUGGGGGGUCGAAGUUUUACAUAGGAGUAAAUAGAGUUAAUCUUUAUAAAUCUUCUUUUCAAAAACUAUUUGGCCAUAAAAAGUGAAACUUGUAUUGAAGCAUCCUCAGAUAGUGUAGAUUCAAGUUAAUUCAAAUCAUGGUUCUCGUGGGUAAAAUAGGGCCACAAUGGAAAGGGGGCUUAAUUUUACAUAGGAGUAUAUCGAGUUAAACUUUUAAAAUUUACUUAUCAAAAACCAUUUUGCCAGAAAUGCUGAAACUUGUGUGAAAGCAUCCUCAGAUAGUGUAGAUUUAAGUUUGUUCAA